AGUUCCCUCAGUGCAACAGUAAAGUCGGAGUUCGCGUUCGUGUCUUACAUAUUUUGUUUCAAUUGAAAUCAAGCGUGAAAUCUUAGUAAUGAAGCCUGUGAUCUGCUUACUGGCUCUCACCCUCGCCACCGCCAAUGCCGGUCUUUUGCCACACCACGGCCACGACACGCACAUCGUGGAAGGUGCCCACCAUGUUGACAUACCACAUGGCAGCGGCAUCCAUCUGGGCCACUCAUCCGCCAUCGUAAUCGAUACCGACGGCGCUGCGGAACACAUCGAAUCGCAUCCGGUCUAUCAUCAUGAUGAUCACAGCGCACAUGUCGAUGUGCAUCCGAUCGUGCAUGACUCUCAUCUUCAUCACGAUGUGCAUCAUGAUGUCCACCAUGACAUACACCAUACCGCAGCCGCUGCCAAAAUUGUGCACCACGAGUCAAUCCACCAUGUCGAGCCUGUGCAUCAUGUCACCAAAGUGGUGCAUCAUGAGCCACACCAUUUCUUGCACUACGUAAAACCGGUGAUUGAUCAUCAUGUCAUACACCAGGACAAUCAUCAUGAUGAACAUUUGCAUGCACAUGAUUUGCAUCAUGCUGAGGCCUAUCACGCUCCACUGUUGCACCAUCACGAACAUGUCGCUCAUCAUGCUCAUUUGGUGGAUCAUCAUCACCAUCACGCUGCUUUGGUGCAUCAUGUGCCCGCUCACACACACGCCGCUGUGGUGCACAAAAUCUACCCAGGCGAUGCGCAUCACGGCAGCAUUCUGGCCUUCGCUCGCCACGCCCUCCAUGGCAAAUACGGCAAAGUGAAGAUCACCGAGAAACUUUACUAAUCGAUUUCAUAAUGAAAAUUCAAUAAGAACAACAAUAACAAAGCUCAUCUAGCAACUAAAUCAACGCGAACCUAGUGAAAUGGCACAACGAAUAAAACUCAUAGUUAAUUUAUUAAACGAAUUCAAAGUGCUGCUAAGGGCACAUAGAAAACAUAUAUAAUACAUGCGCGCACGCACACAUACAUACAUACACAUGUAUACAUUUGCUAACAUUCACCUGGCGUCUGUCGCAUCCUACUAAAUAGCAUCAUUUCGCUAGUCUAGUAUAGUUAUUAUAAUUUUAGCAUAUUUUUCCUAACAUUCAAUGUAAGAUUAUACUCUUCUCUCUUCGUGCUGAGAGUGUUUCCCAUACAAGAGGGCUUAACACUCUAACUUAUUAGUUGUUUUGUACAAAAUUUAAUAAAAUUAAAAUUCUAAAAUAUGUCGAAGUGCAAAUGUAAAUAAUGUAUUUUUUUCAAAGAAAGCGGCAGCACUUAAAUUAUAGAUUACCUCAAAAUAAAAGAAUUUAAACAGAAACAAGAAAAAAAGUUAACUUCGGCUGCACCGAAGCUAGAAUACCCUUCACAAAUAGAAAAAGACGUUACAAGAACUUGAUU